GAAGACGAUUUCGGACACAGGGCUCCUUUGCGGACAUGUGAUCCCUCUUCAAAAUACUUCCGAGGGAAACAAAUUACUAAAUCACAGUUCCUUGCACCACCCGGAAGAACAGUGGCGCAGUUGGACUUGGUGACUUGUCGGGAAGGGCAAAAUCUGAUUGGUGACAGCUAGAUGCCCUGCUACAACACAGCACACUGAUACAGGAAGCAUUUGUGCAAGAUAAAUGGCAAACAAAGGUAACAACAGUGAGGAGACAGGAACGCUUUCCUGUCAACUUUCAGAUGCCAUGCAGCAAGGAACUGACUCUAGGUCUGACCCAGGACAUGAUACAAAAGAGAAAAGUGAGAGUAGCAGUGAACCUGAGGAGACACAAACAGAACAGACGACACAGAUUCCCAGUAGUUCUGAGACCGAGAACCACCCUCACUCUGGCACAGAACCUAAUAGAGAAGUGGAUGGAGUGAAGGGCAGUAAACCUGAGAGAAAAGAAGAGGAGACAGGAACGCUUUCCUGUCAACUUUCAGAUGCCAUGCAGCAAGGAACUGACUCUAGGUCUGACCCAGGACAUGAUACAAAAGAGAAAAGUGAGAGUAGCAGUGAACCUGAGGAGACACAAACAGAACAGACGACACAGAUUCCCAGUAGUUCUGAGACCGAGAACCACCCUCACUCUGGCACAGAACCUAAUAGAGAAGUGGAUGGAGUGAAGGGCAGUAAACCUGAGAGAAAAGAAGGCCCGUCAGGUGAUUCUUUGCCAGAAAAGGCACCUAACGAAGAUGAUGAUGCCAUGCAGCAAGGAACUGACUCUAGGUCUGACCCAGGACAUGAUACAAAAGAGAAAAGUGAGAGUAGCAGUGAACCUGAGGAGACACAAACAGAACAGACGACUCCGAUUCCCAGUAGUUCUGAGACCGAGAACCACCCUCACUCUGGCACAGAACCUAAUAGAAAAGUGGAUGGAGAAAAAGGCAGUAAACCUGAGAGAAAAGAAGGCCCGUCAGGUGAUUCUUUGCCAGAAAAGGCACCUAACGAAGAUGAUGAGGAAACGGGAACGCGUUCCUGUCAACUUUCAGAUGCCAUGCAGCAAGGAACUGACUCUAGGUCUGACCCAGGACAUGAUACAAAAGAGAAAAGUGAGAGUAGCAGUGAACCUGAGGAGACACAAACAGAACAGACGACACAGAUUCCCGGUAGUUCUGAGACCGAGAACCACCCUCACUCUGGCACAGAACCUAAUAGAGAAGUGGAUGGAGUGAAGGGCAGUAAACCUGAGAGAAAAGAAGAAAAGACGACACCGAUUUCCAGUAGUUCUGAGACCGAGAACCACCCUCACUCUGGCACAGAACCUAAUAGAGAAGUGGAUGGAGAGAAGGGCAGUAAACCUGAGAGAAAAGAAGAAUCCCCUCUUAAUAUCCAAAAGCCUGAAGAAGAAGAGACGGCAAGCGAUAUAUAUGAAGAAGAUGUGGAGAGGGAUGAGAACGUCCAACCACAGAUCAUUGUGCAAGGGAAUAAUAAAACAUUUUGGACUGCAGCUGCUGUCAUUCUGUUUUCAGCUUUGGUUUGUGCAUUAUAUCAGCAUAGUCCUGACUCAACUCCACCUAUACCAAACACGGUGAAUGUGGUGGACGUGUUCAAUCAGGAAAUGAAAAAACUUGAGACUACCUUUCCAAAUCAGCAUCCAGAGCUCUGGAGGAGGAGUCUUAUUCAUCUCAGGCGCCACCUAAAGACUAAGAAUCCCACUGAACCUGUCAGCCUGAUUCUGACAUCUGGUCACAGAGCUGAAAAGACACUUGGUUGCCUGGCCCUAUGCUUGGCCCGAGCCUUUUCUACUGCCCAUAACUCUUCAGUUCUGAAUAUUAAUGGAAAAAACAAAGCAUCACAAGACAGUGAUCAGGUCAAGCUGGACAUUGAUAGUGAAUUGAGAAAAGCCUUUGAGGGUAAAAAGUCUGCUGCAGUUAUCCAACGUUUUGAGGAGCUCCCUCCUGGAUCCACUCUCAUCUUCUACCGUUACUGCGACCAUGAGAAUGCGGCUUAUAAAGAUGUCUUCCUGGCCUUUACUGUAAUGCUUGAUGCAGAAGUGGAAGUGCCAUCCAAUGUCAGUCUAGGAAGAGUUGAGGAGAUGGUUCAAGAGCACAUAAAACAGAAGUUUGUCUCCUCUGACAAGUCAGCUAUGUUUAAUCAAAUGGAUGUUGACAAACUAGGUGGACUGUGGAGCCGAAUUUCACAUCUCAUUUUGCCAGUGGCUGCAGAAAAGAAAAUUGAAGAGCAGGGCUGUGAGGAUUGGGAUAAAUCAUUUUGAAAACAGUUAUCACACUUUUUCUUCCCACAAAUUACUUUUAACUUUAAAUAUUAGACUCAUACUUUGGAUUCAGACAAAAAUAUAUAUAAAUGCAUAUAGGUACGUGCUGCUGCAUAGGCCUGUUUUCUUUCUUUCACACUGAAUUACAACUUUUCAGAUUAUGAAAUUUAUAAAAGGAUCAAAUGAAGGAAGUUUCCCCAUUUUUUUAGUUCUUCUUUAUUUGUUUUUAUGUAGAUCUGUAUGCAUCUAAAUUAUGUCUUACAUUAAAGUUAUUUUUAAUCUGUAAAUUUGGUUGGCCACGGAUGAACGUGUUAUAUUUGUUGUAUGGGUGAUUUUAUUUUAUUUUUUUUACAUCAAAGCUUUAUUAGAGAAAACAAACGUGCACUAAUAAAUGUAUCAGUUCUA